AUGGCGAAGUGUUUAAAGGAAAUAGCGUGUCGAAGGAUAUGCAAGAGAAGGCGAAACAAAGCUUCUCCGCCCAAGGUGCCUGAGGACAGGAGAAACGGCGCCCACGUCGUGACAACGGACUACGUGCCCCAAGACCACGCCGUGCAAGAAACGCUCAAGUACCUGUGUUCGGGAUCGCGAUACGACCUGGCGAAACUACUCGAGGAACGCGACUACGUGGAGCGGCAGACGCGGCGGCGUCGCAAGGCGAAAAAUAGCAAGAAGAACAAGGAUAACAAGGAUGCCAGGUGUGAGCGUGUAGUCCGUGAACCGACUAUAUCCUCAGUCGAGCAAUUCGACCAAGCUUGCAGACAUGCGGACAUCGCAGCGAGAUACAAGCUCCCCGGCAGGGUAAGCUAUAACUUUAGUAGGUCCAGCGAAUGGAACAGGACCAAUCUUUCAGAGAUACCUUCGCCGCCGCCGUUCGGAGAAGACCCUGACGAGGGGACUAGUACCACUUCUACUACCUAUACUACGAGGGAACCGAGCGGCAUUUUCACCCCCUAUUUUUUUGCCGAGCCUGAUUUCGACCUGUCCGGGUUCUCGUUUAGUCUCGGGAGUCCGUCGACGUCUUCGUCCGCAAACGGAGCCGGGGACUCGAGCGACUGGCCGUACGUCUCGGCGGAAGACUGGGACAUGUGGCGGCCUAACCCGCCGCUAACGUUGACUCUCUAUCCAAUUCCGGAAGAAGACGAGGGAGAGGACGAGGACGAGGAGAAGUGUGAAGGGGCUGUGACGGAGGCAAGAGCCCUUACAAUGACCAAGAUACCUAUCUGGCAGGUGGAGUGA